ACUUAGGCUUCCCUCUGUCGGGAAUAUCGGGAUCGAUCGUGCUGCAAACGUGUUGAUUUGACACGUCAAAUUGUGUCUUCGUGGUGCUGAUGUCUUGCCGCGUCCUUGUCGUUAGUAAUGACGUUUAAUUUCGAUUUCUAAUAUUGGCGCAAAGUGUUUAUCUGUGCGGGACGGACGCAUAAGUACAAUCCCGAUGAUCCCGAUCGUUUUACCGUUACGUACAAACGGUACAUCGUCUUAGAACAUUCGUCAUUCUACGACAGUGUGGAGGUUAGAAAUCUGUUUGCUCCACAUACGGCACGUUCGCACGUGUUUGUCGAAGUUUUCUUUUUCUCAUUUUUCCGCGGGCACGCGUUCAGCUUGUCAUAAGCGAGGAAGGAUCAGCUGAUCAGGAACGUACCGAGCCUGGGCGAUGCGAUGAUCAUUGGCGGUCGUUAAACCUGGUCGAUUUGACGGUGCCUGGAGCAGCCUGGAGAUCGGCAAUGGCAAAAUUCAGGAUGUUACCGCGCACGUCGCGCAUCGUGGCCCUCUGCUCGGCUGCGAAUUUCAUAAACGCCGCGGACAGGGUCAUCAUGCCCAUCGCCAUCGUGCUGAUGACCGACGAGUUUAAGUGGAACCUGUACUGGCAGGGAUGGAUCCUGUCUGCGUUUGCUUUCGGAUAUUUCACUAGUCAGAUCAUCGGCGCGAGCACAGCAAGUCGUUUUGGCUGCAAAACGGUACUCAUGCUAGCGGUUUUGCUAUGGUCCAUUAGUACGGUCAUCACACCGUUGCUAGCACAGUCGGUACCAUUACUCAUACUUUGUAGGGUGAUUCUAGGACUAGGAGAAGGAUUAGGCCUACCAGUGAUAUUUCAUUUAUUCGCACAUAAUGUUCCUGUAGAAGAAAGAUCACGCGCUUUUGGCUAUCUAGUAGCUGCUGGUUCUGUUGGCCAAGUGGUUGCAUCUGUUAUAUGUUCGCACUUGGCGUGGCAAACUGGAUUUUAUUUAUUUGGGACAAUAGGUAUCAUAUGGACAGUGUUGUGGCUGAUGUUGUAUCAGGAAACUAACUCUCAAGAUGAGAUUCCAUUAUUUGUUCCUAAAGUAGCUCAGAAUAGAAGCUUACGUUGGACUGAGUUUAUUGCUCACUGGCCCCUGUGGGCUUUGUACAUAGCACACUUUGCAAUGAAUUGGAGUAAUUAUAUAAUAAUGCAGUGGUUGCCAACUUAUUUGGCAAGAAACUUGUCUGCGAAUACAGAGAGUAUUAGUUUGACAGCUCUCCCUUAUAUCGUUAAUUCUCUCAUUGGUAUUGUUGCUGGUCACAGUGCUGAUACUUUGAUACAAAAAAGAUGGUCUGUUUUGUCUGUUAGAAGAUUAAUGACAAACAUAGGCCUAAUAGGACCAGGUGCUUUUCUAUUAGCUUUCUGUGCUGUAGAUAAUCUGCUUGCUGCAGUCAUCUUUGUUUCAAUAUCAAUGGGCCUCUGUGCGUGCAAUUCAGCCGGACACCUAAGUAAUCACGCGGAUAUAGCUCCGAAUCAUGCGGGAAUUACGUUUGCAGUUUCAAAUACAAUUGCAACAGUACCUGGAAUUCUUUGUGGACCAUUGACAGCUGAAUUAGUAACUGCCUCGCACGGUUGGUGGAUGCCGGUUUUCGUGUUGGCGGCAGCGAUUAAUUUCACCGGGGCUAUAAUAUACCAAAGCCACAGUUCGGCGCUUCCAGUGUUGUGAUAUGCUCUAUCUCUCAUACAGCGAUUAUUUGUUAUUGAAAAGAAAGAAGAGGUUGCAAAGUGUUUGUUAAGAACACUGAGAUGCCUGUUUGCUUUUAGAUCAUUUUGAAUGGUUCCCAAUGAGGUAGCUACGAACGUUUACAAGAAUGUUGGUGUGAUGCGUUUGGUCAUCGCGUAUCGGCCAGUCGAAGACAUAUCAUGAUGCUUUAUUUAUAUCUUAAAUAAAUUUUUAUUAUCUUUUUUGAGGCAACAAAGUGUGAUUUUGACAGACAGUGCCAUAAUUUGAUGGAAAGAAUAGAAUUAGUUGA